AUGGGCUUAAGUUGCAGUGUACCUUAUAUGUCAACAUUUUACUCUAAUUUUCCAAUAUUACUCUACUUUUGCGAACGACAAUUUCGUGGUUUACAAAGUAAAAUUGAAAAAGAUCAACGAGCAUUUGUUGUUCGAAAUAAUCAUAUACAACAAAUUCCGGUUACAGAACUUGUUGUUGGUGACCUUUGUCUUAUUAAAUAUGGUGAUCUUAUACCAGCUGACAGAAUUCUAGUUCGGUCAAGUGAUCUUAAAAUCGAUGAAUCUUCUUUAACAGGUCAUGGUGGUCAAUAUGGUCAAAAAUGUAUCAAAAAGCUUUUUCAAACUUUUUUCAAUUGA